UGUAUUGUCUUUUCUUUAAGAUUUCCUUAAAUAACAGAAGAUAGAUUGAAUUUUGAAAUUUGUUGCUUUACUUUUGUCCAAUAGUGUAAUUGGUCAAACUAUCUUAACAAAGAAGCUAUCAGAUUUUGAUCUCCUAAAAAAAUAGAUACAAUGGAAAAACAGUGUUUGGAAGUCCACUCCAUAGAUAAAGAAGGUUACUCUUCAUUUGUUAAUUCCAAAAUGUCUCUCGACGAAAAUUUCAACAAAGCUGCCGAAAGUGUGAAGAACCUUAAGAGCAAACCUUCCGAUAACGACCUUUUGGAGUUGUACGGUCUGUUCAAACAAGCCACAGUUGGAGACAACACCACGCCUCGCCCAGGCAUGUUGGACUUGAAAGGCAAGGCCAAACAUGACGCGUGGACCGCAAGGAAAGGAAAGUCCCAAGAUGAUGCCAAGGAGGCUUACGUCAAGAAAGCCGAGGCCCUCAUCGCAUCUCUUGGAUGCAACUAAAUUAUUUUUUAAUUACUUAAUUGAUUUAACAAGCAUCACUUUUUUGACUUUUAUACCUUAUUAAUUUGUUAUACACAUUAUUUAAAAAUAUAUUCUAAUUAUUAUUAUUUAAAUAA